UCCCGCGUGGGAGCAGAUAGGUCUUGGCCCGGCCUGAGAUUUGGGGGUCGAGCCUGGGUUGCCGGGGUCCCCCCUGCUUCCCGUUCAUCCUCUGCCUGCAGGUCCGCCAUGUCGGCACCCCGGCUGCUCGCGUUGCAGUUGCUGCUCCUGCUGGGCGCGCGGCGGGCACGCGCAGCCGCCCCGCGCUGCACCUACACCUUCGUGCUGCCCCCGCAGAAGUUCACAGGCGCCGUCUGCUGGAGCGGGCCGGCUGCACCACGCCAGACGCCGGAGGCCGUGAACGCCAGCGAGGUGGCGGCGCUGCGCGUGCGCGUGGGCCGCCACGAAGAGCUGCUGCGCGAACUUCAGCGGCUGGCGACGGCCGACGGCGCCGUAGCCGGCGAGGUGCGCGCGCUGCGCAAGGAGAGCCGCGGCCUGAGCGCGCGCCUGGGCCAGCUGCGCGCGCAGCUGCAGCAUGAGGCGGGCCCGGGGGCGGGGCCGGGCCCGGGGGCGGAGCCCGCCGCCGCGCUGGCGCUGCUCGGGGAGCGCGUGCUGAACGCCUCCGCCGAGGCGCAGCGCGCCGCCGCCCGCUUCCACCAGCUGGACGUCAAGUUCCGCGAGCUGGCACAGCUGGUCAGCCAGCAGAGUGGCCUCAUCGCCCGCCUGGAACGCCUGUGCCCGGGGAGUGCGGGCGGGCAGCAGCAGGUCCUGCCACCGCCUCUGGUGCCUGUGGUUCCAGUCAGUCUGGUGGGUGGCACCAAUGACACCAGCAGGAGGCUAAACUCAGCUCCAGAACCCCAGAGAGACCAGACGCUGAGACAACAGGGGCCCUUGGCCUCUCCUGUGCCCUCAGGGCACCCUGCUGUCCCUACCAAGCCAGCAGGCCCAUGGCGGGACUGUGCAGAGGCCCGCCAGGCAGGCCAUGGACAGAGCGGAGUGUAUGAGCUACAAAUGGGCCGGCAUGUGGUGUCAGCAUGGUGUGAGCAACAGCUGGAGGGUGGAGGCUGGACUGUGAUCCAGAGGCGGCAAGAUGGCUCCGUCAACUUCUUCACUACCUGGCAGCACUACAAGGUGGGCUUUGGGCAGCCUGAUGGGGAAUACUGGCUGGGCCUUGAACCUGUGCAUCAGCUGACCAGCCGUGGGGACCAUGAGCUACUGGUGCUCCUUGAGGACUGGGGUGGCCGCCGGGCACGCGCCCACUAUGAUGGUUUUUCCCUGGAGCCUGAGAGUGACUACUACCGCCUGAGGCUUGGCCAGUACCAUGGAGAUGCUGGAGACUCUCUUUCCUGGCACAAUGACAAGCCUUUCAGCACCGUGGAUAGGGACCGAGACUCCUAUUCUGGCAACUGCGCCCUGUACCAGCGGGGAGGCUGGUGGUACCAUGCCUGUGCCCACUCCAACCUUAAUGGUGUGUGGCAUCGUGGUGGCCACUACCGUAGCCGCUACCAGGACGGCGUCUACUGGGCCGAGUUUCGUGGUGGAGCUUACUCUCUCAAGAAGGCUGCCAUGCUCAUCAGGCCCCUGAGGCUGUGACCAUCUGUCCAUCUGUCCCCCAGGUCACAGGGGAUGUGUGUCAGCAGGAGCCCAAGUUGUCAUGGUCACACCUCCUUCGUGACUCAGUGCAGGCCGUGUCCCACAGCUCUCUUCUUGUGUGGAUCUGCUCCCCAGGACCCUGAAAACGGCACCCAGGAAUCCCCCUGCCAAUAUCCUGGACCCAGACGGCUCCCCAAGGGCAUUUAGAUCUCGGUUUGAGCUCAUAUUUUAUAACAACACAAAAUAUCCACA